GGUCACCGUUAUUUUUACUUCACUCGCCGGCCACACACUCUCUUUCUCUCUUCAUUUUUGUCAUUCAUUCGCUUUCAGUUACUAAGAAAACCAUGAAAUAUAGCCGUUGGUAUCAUUACAAGUACCAUAACUAGAACCCACCAAAUUUCCUUCGCGCAGAAAGUCUUUGAGUACCGUUAAGUUCAUGCUUCUAUCUGUUCAAAGAAAUCAUAACUUCUUAUUGGAUCUGUAAAUAAGUGGGUGUGUUGUAGAGGCAUCGCCAAUUGGAACAAAAAGUUAAAGCAAAGAACAAAAAGAGGAGCUGGAGUUCUGGGAAUUUCUGCUCUCAAUAAGAAUUUGAAAUUUGGAAAGAAGAGAAAAACAAAGAAAACACGAGAAGAAAACUCAGCGGAAACAGCUCGUUUUUGGCUUAGAGUUUUAGCUUCAAUGGAAGCUAAGCACAUUAUCUCUACUAUUUGUUUUGUGGGAUUGACUUUAUUUCUCGUAAAUGCGGACCCUGUGGAGGAUAUGCGAGCUUUGCUAGAUUUUGCAAGCAAUUUGCCUCACUCUCGCUCGUUGAACUGGAACGAGAGCUAUCCAGUUUGCAAUAACUGGACUGGAAUCACUUGCAGCGAAGAUAGGUCUCGUGUAAUAGCUGUUAGAUUGCCUGGUGUUGGAUUUCAAGGCCCAAUUCCGCCAAACACUCUUAGUCGACUCUCGGCAUUGCAGAUUUUGAGCCUCAGAUCCAAUCGCAUUAGUGGGCAAUUUCCUCAUGAUUUCUCUAACCUAAAGAAUUUAUCUUUCCUUUAUCUUCAAUAUAACAACCUAUCUGGGUCACUGCCAUCUGAUUUCUCUAUUUGGAAUAAUCUCACUAUCAUUAAUUUGUCUAACAAUAGAUUUAAUGGUAGUAUUCCUCAUUCCCUUUCGAACUUGACACAUCUUGCUGCUUUGAAUCUAGCAAACAAUUCACUUUCUGGUGAGAUCCCUGAUUUUAAUUUGCCCAAUUUGCAGCAGAUAAACUUGUCUAACAAUAAUCUUACUGGCAGUAUACCUAGCUCACUAAGAAGAUUCCCUAUUUCUGUUUUUACUGGUAACAAUAUUUCAUUUGAAACUUCUGCUCCUACUGCUUCACCCGUUCUUGCUCCUAGUACUGUGCCUAAUUCUAAAUCUAAGAAUGCUAAGGGACUUGGUGAAACUGCAUUAUUAGGGAUUAUAAUUGCUGCUUGUGUUUUGGGUCUUGUGGCAUUUGCUUUCUUGAUAAUUGUUUGUUGCUCAAGAAAGAAGGGUGAAGAUGAGUACUCAGACAAGUUGCAGAAAGGAGAAAUGUCCCCAGAGAAAGCGGUUUCAAGAGCUCAGGAUGCUAAUAAUAGAUUGGUUUUCUUUGAGGGAUGUAAUUAUGUUUUUGAUUUGGAGGAUUUAUUGAGGGCUUCUGCUGAGGUGUUGGGGAAGGGUACAUUUGGCAUGGCUUACAAGGCAAUACUGGAGGAUGCAACCACAGUGGUAGUGAAGAGGUUGAAGGAAGUGAGUGUCGGAAAGCGGGAUUUUGAGCAGCAGAUGGAAGUCGUUGGAAGCAUUAAGCAUGAGAAUGUGGUUGAGCUGAGGGCUUACUACUAUUCCAAAGAUGAGAAGCUGAUGGUCUAUGAUUAUUACAGUCGGGGGAGUGUUUCUUCUAUGCUGCAUGGUGAAAAAGGAGGCGAGCGGACUUCUCUAGAUUGGGAUACAAGAAUGAGAAUUGCAAUAGGUGCAGCAAGAGGCAUUGCUCGUAUCCAUGCAGAGAAUGGUGGAAAAUUUGUCCAUGGGAACAUCAAAUCCUCGAACAUUUUUCUUAAUUCUAGACACUAUGGCUGUGUGUCUGAUCUUGGUUUGUCAGCUAUAAUGAGCCAACUAGCGCCACCUAUUUCUCGUGCUGCUGGUUAUAGGGCCCCAGAAGUGACAGACACCAGGAAAGCAGCACAACCUUCAGAUGUGUACAGCUUUGGUGUAGUAUUAUUAGAGCUUCUAACUGGUAAGUCUCCCAUUCAUACUACUGGUGGCGACGAGAUCAUCCAUUUGGUCAGAUGGGUUCAUUCAGUAGUCCGAGAGGAGUGGACAGCUGAAGUGUUCGACGUGGAGCUGAUGAGGUUUCCAAACAUAGAAGAAGAGAUGGUGGAGAUGUUACAGAUAGCUUUGUCUUGUGUGGUGAGAAUGCCAGAUCAAAGACCUAAAAUGCAAGAUGUAGUCAAAAUGAUAGAAAAUGUCCGUCGGGUGGACACCGAGAAUCGGCCAUCUUCUGAAAACAGGUCUGAAAGUUCUACACCACCGCCACCUCCAGCGACGGAGAGGGAAUCCUGAAUUAUGCAAAAAUCAGAAAAAAGAAAAGCCAUUUGUGUAUGCAUUGUAUUUUCUUAAUUUAAUUUUUUGUCAAUUUUUUGGUCCAGUCCAGACUUGUGGUUUAGUUCAUCUCAAUUUUUCUCCCAACAAACAAAUUCUGAUAAAUAUUUUUGUGUUCCACGUUUUAUUAGCUAGGUAAGGUUAGAUCAACUACCAGUGAAAUGUUGAUGCCUGAGAAAGUUAUUCAGGUUUAGAAUCUCUGUUGUUAUUCAUGAUCUUUAUGUGUAUUACAUUGAAAUGAAUCUUUUAAGGUAGGGCAUGACUUAGCUUUUGUGUUCCCAUUA